AUGUGCGACUAUCGAUUUCUCUUUUUAGUGGCUGGUGAUAAUGGAGAGGUGGAGAAAUGGCGUAUCUCUUGUGAAUCACAUAUGCGAAAUGUGUAUGUCAUGUUCACAAUACCUACCAUCUAUGUCACAUUACAGCCGAAACAUACUCCAAGUCCGUAUACUCAGGCGAAUGUACCAAUGUACCCUUCGUAUGGCUAUCUAGGUGGGUUUAUGACUUUAUUUGCUGCUCAGGGCCCACCUCUCUAUCCAUAUGGUGUUGUGUAUCCACCUAUAAUGAGUCAACCAUCAACAUGUAAUCCGGCGAACAAUGACAACAUGGUGCCUGACACCUCUAAAAGGGUAGAAUCAAUUCAACAUAGUGCCUCACGACAAUCCCCCGAACAUGUCGAUUGGGGUGUGGAUAGUGGGUUCAAUGGGUAUUCAACUGGGAUUGAUGAUGGUGAUGGUGAAGGUCAUGAUGAUGAAGUUGAUGAUGAAUUUGAUGAUGGAGGUGAUGAUGAAGUUGAUGAUGAAGGUGAUGAUGAAGGUGAUGAUGAAGUUGAUGAUGAAGAAGAUGAAGAUAUCGACGACAAUGUUGUGUCCCCCUCAAACAUGAUGGGUGGUUUAAAUGAGCAUAUUUUACGCAACAAGAAGAGUAUAGCGAUCCACAAUGUUCCUCGGCUUGACCUUUCUGGAGGGGUUGCUAUUGAAGAGGAUGAUUUGAAUGAAAUCGCUACUCGUUCGAGUAGCGGUUGGAGGAUUCCCGAAGCCAAUUUUCACAAGGUUGAUGUUCAUCCUUCGUCUGAAGAGCCGUCAAUGAUAGAUCAUGAAUUAGACAAAGGCGUUGUCAUUGAAAGUGAGGAAGAAUUGUUGGUAAAAGUAGGUUUAUACCAUUUGAAGCAUAAAGUGGAGUUCCGAACACCGAGAUCUUCAAAUUCUCGGUUAAAGGUUGUGUGCAGGCAUAAAAAUUUCCCAUUCUUGCUUUUUGCGAAUGCACUGACUGGAGGUAGUUGGAAAAUUUCAAAAUUUAUCCAUCCACAUACAUGCUCAGUUAACCUAAAUCAUUCAGCCCCUCGACAAUUGCCUGCAAAGAUCAUUGGAGCAUUAUUCGCGCCGAAGUUGUUGACAGAUGGCCGAUUAUUAAAGCUUGCAGAGAUUAUGGGUGACAUGGAGCGUGAUCAUGGCAUUAAGCUAAAAUACAAUACAGCUCUGAGGUCUCAAAACGCCGCCUACGACUUCAUUUAUGGAGAUCAUAAGAAAUCCUGGGAACUUUUGUCGGCGUAUUUUUAUAUGUCGUUGAAGGAAAAUCCUGGAACAUCGGCAUACAUUGAGACUGAUUAA